UUCCCUAUCCACGGUCAUUUUAGCGGCAGAUAUUUGUCUCUGCGGCGCAGGGUAAGAAGCAGAACACAGAACAGAGCAUAAGCUACUUCCAUUGCUCCCAACACCAUCAUCUUCAUCAUUAUUUUCUUUCUCUUCACUCAUGUCACUGUGAUUAUGGCUCUUGUACCCACUCGCCCAUUCUUCGAUUCAUUUCAUUCUUCUCCCAACUUCCACUCUCUCCGCUUCUGCAACUCCCUCUUCCGCCACUCCCUCACACCCUCUCCCAAUUCCACUUUCCUCCGUCGCAAACCACUCUUCAUCUUUCGUUGCAACCCUGCCAAGAGUUUCUCCACCGAUAAACACUGGUUGAAGCGUUGGAACGACCCCACAAACAACCACGCCCGUCCGAAGCCGCCAUGUGCUGUUUUGGACUAUUCUGAAAAUGGGCACGCGUCAAAAUCCGGUCUUGCGAGCUCUGACGAGGAGGGUGGUGAUGGAAAUACCGGUGGAAGCACCAUGGAUAGGAUUGUGGAAAAACUGAAGAAAUUUGGGUACGUUGAAGAUGGGAUUCAGAAUAAGGAGAGGGUGAUAGAAAAAGGGUCAGUGGAGGAUAUAUUUUAUGUGGAGGAAGGAAUGUUGCCUAAUUCACGAGGUGGGUUUUCUUCAGAAUCUCCAUUAGGGUUUGGAAGCUUUGGAAGUGAUGAUAGAGAAGUGAGGUUUCCGUGGGAGAAGCCGGUGGUUGAAGAGUUGGAAGAGAGGAAAUCCAUGAGGAGUAGGAGUAAGACCUCUCUGGCGGAAUUGACUCUUCCUGAGUCAGAAUUGAAGAGGCUUCUCAAGUUGACUUUUGAGAAGAAGCACAAGACCAGAAUUGGGAGGAGUGGGGUCACUCAGGCUGUUGUGGACAAGAUUCAUGAGAGGUGGAAGACUUCGGAGAUUGUGAGGCUCAAGUUCGAAGGCGAGGCCGCGCUUAACAUGAAGAGGAUGCAUGAGAUACUUGAGAGAAAAACUGGUGGUCUGGUGAUUUGGAGGUCUGGCAACUCUGUUUCCUUAUACAGGGGUGUGAGCUACGAGGUUCCUUCAGUACAACAGAAUAAAAAAAUAUAUAGGAAAAGCGAGAACUCUUCUAAGCUUUUACCAACACCUUCUUAUAAUUCUGUGGGGAAUCCUUCAGACAUUGCUUCUAAUUCUGGGACAAGUGCACCAUUGGCAAAAUUGGAAUCUACAAAUGAUGAGAAAGAAAGAGAUUAUCUGCCCAAAGUCAAUUAUGAACAUGAAGUAGACAAGUUACUGGACGGUCUUGGCCCUAGAUACACAGAUUGGCCUGGAUGUGAUCCAUUGCCUGUCGAUGCGGAUAUGCUUCCAGUAACUGUUCCCGGUUACCAACCUCCCUUCAGAGUUCUUCCUUUUGGAGUGAGAGCAACACUUGGUUUAAGGGAGGCAACUGCUCUACGAAGGAUUGCAAGGACCCUUCCUCCACAUUUUGCUUUAGGUAGAAACAGACAGCUUCAAGGAUUAGCUGUAGCCAUGAUUAAAUUGUGGGAAAUAAGUUCUAUUGCAAAGGUUGCACUCAAACGUGGUGUGCAGCUAACAACCAGUGAGAGAAUGGCAGAAGAGAUCAAGAAAUUGACAGGUGGUAUUCUACUCUCCAGAAAUAAAGACUUCUUGGUCUUCUUUCGAGGAAAGAAUUUUUUAUCAGCAGAUGUCACUCAAGCCUUGCUGGAGAGGGAAAGAAUGGCAAAAGUAAUGCAAGAUGAGGAGGAGCAAGCAAGAUUGAGAGCGUCAUCAUUGCUCAUACCGACUAAUAAUACAUCAGAGCUGUCAGCAGAGGCAGGGACUCUUGGUGAAACUUUGGAUGCAGAUGCAAAGUGGGGGAAAACAUUGGAUGAGCGUCACAAACAAAAAAUAAUGAGAGAAGUAGAACAACUACGGCAUGCCAACCUUGUUAAAAAAUUAGAACAGAAGCUUUCCUUUGCUGAAAGAAAGUUAAGGAGAGCUGAAAAAGCCUUAAUGAAGGUGGAGUCGUUUUUGAAGCCAUCAGAAUACAAAGCAGAUCCUGAAAGUAUAACUGAUGAAGAGAGAUUUAUGUUUCGCAAAUUAGGAUUGAGGAUGAAAGCUUUCUUACUUCUUGGUAGACGUGGGGUUUUUGAUGGUACUAUUGAGAACAUGCACUUGCAUUGGAAGUACCGGGAACUGGUCAAGAUAAUUGUGAAGGCUAAAACCUUUGAACAAGUAAAAAAAAUUGCACUAGCACUUGAAGCUGAGAGUGGAGGUGUUCUGGUCUCAGUUGACAAAGUUUCAAAAGGAUAUUCUGUAAUUGUUUAUCGGGGUAAGGAUUACCAGCGUCCUUCAACAUUGAGACCCAAAAAUCUAUUGACAAAGAGAAAGGCUUUGGCACGCUCAAUUGAGCUCCAACGACAUGAGGCACUCAUGAAUCAUAUUUCAACUUUGCAAAGUAAAGUGGGGAGGAUAAGAUCCGAAAUAGAGCAAAUGGAGAAGGUAAAGGACAAAGGAGAUGAAGCAUUGUAUGACAAAUUGGAUUCUGCCUAUCCUAGCGAUGAUGAGAACUCAGAGGUGGAGGAUGGUGAGCAGGGUGAUGAGGCAUAUCUCAAGACCUAUAAUAGCGAAAAUGAUAGUGAAAUUGAAAGUGAAGUUGAAAGUGAUAAUAUGUAUCCUCCAAUCUGAGGAAUUUGCCUCACGAAGUUGAAGGUCAAGGAUCAUGCAAUUUGGGGGUAUUCCUUACGCCUGUGUGAAUCAUUAAUGGCACUCAAUACAUUGGACCACAGGCUGAUUAAGGAAGAAUAUGAUAGCUCCUUCAUAUCAAGCCACCGAGAAGAUCAACAUGCUCAAUUCAAUGAUAUUGUCAUAGAGCACGCAAUUAGACACGAUCCUGAAUCUAAUUGGCUACACAGCAUUAUAGUUUCUGAAAGAUGUAUGUAUAUGCAUUUUAACAUUUGUUCGUAUGAAAUUUUCUGGAAUUGAUUAAGUUAACGGAUCAGUUAAUAUAUGGUCUAGGAAUAUAGGACCAAUGUUAUAGAGGAAAUAUAUGCUGAUUUUUGGGAA